AUGGCGACAUUUGACAAUACGACAGUGUGCGACAGUAACUUGUUCAGCCAGGAGGAUUGGCUGGAAGUUGUGUACAUCGGCUCCGCUGUUCUCUUCAUCAUGGCCCUUCGGGGUCUCUCUAAGACGGAGACAGCCAAGUGGGGUAACAUCUAUGGUAUGCUCGGUAUGGCCGCUGCAGUGGCUGGUGCAUGGGCCAGUCAGUUCGUAUGUGAUGAAGGCACUUGGCUCAUUGCCAUAUCUCUAUUCCCUGGCCUCGUCAUAGGAGCACUGCUGGCUGGUCACGUGACGAUGAUUCAGAUGCCGCAGAUGGUCGGCCUACUGAAUGCAUUCGGUGGCUUGGCAUCUGCCCUCGAGGCUCUUGGCCUCUUCCUCGACCCCAAUGCUGAGUUCGGCCCUAAUGGGUUCGCUCAGAUUGACGAGUCGGAGAGGACCGCAGAAGUUGUCAUCCAGACCAUUGCCAUGUUCCUGUCGAUGAUCAUCGGGAUGCUCACUUUCUUCGGCUCCAUUAUAGCGUGCCUGAAACUCAACGGUAAUCUGGCGUCGAAGGCUCGAGUGCCGCCCUUCCGAACCGUCAUCACCCUUCUCAUCAUGGCACUGAUCGUCACCUUUUGUGUGCUUGCCAAUCACGAAGGGUACGGGACUGGCCUCGGCCUUAUGUACAUGCUCUUCGUUGCCGUCCUCUCCUCCAUCUGGGGUGUCCUCUUUGUGAUAGCCAUUGGUGGCGCCGACAUGCCUGUUGUCAUCUGCAUCCUCAACACUGGCUCGGGUUUUGCUGGUGUUUGUGCUGGGUUUAUGUUGUCGAACAAGUUGCUGGUUAUAACCGGUGCGUUCGUGGGCUGCAGUGGCGCCAUCCUCUCCGUCAUCAUGUGCGAGGCGAUGAACCGUUCCCUAUGGUCCACACUGGUUGGUGGCUUCGGUGAGGGUACCUCCUCUGGCGGUGCCAAGGUCGAGGGUGAGAUGAAGGAGAUAGCGCUGGAGGAACUGGCUGACACGUUGAACCGCAGCAAGGAAGUUGUCAUCGUCCCCGGCUACGGCAUGGCUGCGGCUAAAGCACAGCAUGCUGUAGCUCAAGUCACUGAGAUUCUACGUGGUCGAGGUGUCCGAGUCCGUUUCGGUAUUCACCCUGUUGCUGGCAGACUACCGGGCCAUAUGAAUGUGCUGCUGGCUGAGGCACGCGUCCCCUACGACAUUGUACUGGCAAUGGAUGAGAUCAACGAUGAUUUCGAGAAGACUGAUGUUACUAUCGUCGUUGGUGCUAAUGAUAUCGUCAACCCCGCUGCUGUCGAAGACCCUACGUGCCCGAUAGCAGGGAUGCCUGUUCUUGAAGUAUGGAAGAGUAAGAUGACUGUGGUGAUGAAGCGUGGUCGUGGUGCCGGUUAUUCUGGUGUUGACAACCCCUUGUUCGUCCGUGAGAACAAUAGGAUGUUCUUUGGCAGUGCCAAGCCCAAGAUGGAGGAGCUCGCCGGAAGAUUGCUGGAGUUGACAGCCGAUGGCAAGAAGGUUCGGCUAGGGCAGGUGGAAGCUCAUGAGCCAGCGCAGGAGCCCGAGACAAACGAUUCUACUAUCGAUGUUGGGCCACCACCGGUUCGAGAGACCUUCUAUGAGUUGGGCGUGCUGAAGGACCGUUACCCUGGGGAGAAGCGAGUUGCACUGGUACCCAGUAUUUGCGCAAAACUGUAUGAAAAGGGCUAUGCCAUUUAUAUUGAGAAGAACGCUGGUGCCGGGGCCGGCUUUUCCGAUGCAGCGUACGAAGCUGUGGGGUGUGUGGUUCUCCCUGACUCGAGUGGUGUAUGCGCCAAAGCCAAGAUGGUCUUUGUCAUCCGUCCGCCGCCCGUGGACGUUCUGCAUCGACUUCGAGGCAAAUACUGCGUGUCUUGGGUUGGUCGACUGACUGAUGCUGGCAAGAAAGAGAUUGAGAUCGCCAAUGGGGAGGGAGUGAACUUGAUUGACGUCACAGCCGUUCCCAGAAUCACCAUCGCUCAGAAGCUCGACUGCCUUUCAAGUCAAGCUAAGAUAGCUGGUCACCGUGCCGUCCUGGAGGCCGCUCAUGAAUACCAGAAAUUCUUCGCGCCUGAGAUAACCGCUGCAGGCAAGUACCCUCCUUGUCGAGUGAUGGUCCUCGGCGCCGGGGUGGCUGGCCUCGCUGCCAUCGGCACUGCUGUUUCCCUUGGGGCUGAGGUCCGGGCAUGGGAUGUUCGUGAUGUGUCGGAUCAAGUGGAGUCCAUGGGUGGCAAGUGGUUCAGUGUCGACUUCAAGGAGGAGGGUGGGGGCAGUGGCGGCUAUGCUAAGGAGAGUAGCGAUGCUUUCAAGGCUGCUCAGAAGGCCACAUUCCACAAGCAUGCGAAGGAGUGCGAUAUCAUCAUCACUACAGCUGCUAUUCCUGGCAGGCCGAGCCCGCGUCUGAUCGAGGGGUAUAUGGUUGACUCGAUGAGGCCAGGGUCAGUUAUAGUAGAUCUUGGGGCUGAGGGUGGCGGAAACUGCGAGCUGACGAGGAAGGGAGAGUCCUACCUCUACGAACAGAAGGUACGUAUUAUCGGCUACACUGAUAUGGCAAGUCGGAUGGCCGACCAAGCGUCUACUAUGUUCGCGGCCAACAUGCUCAAUUUCCUCACUCAUGUACAUUCUAAGGGACCGGAAGAAGCUCGAGAUGCUCGUAGCUUCGAAUCUCAUCUCGAGGCCAACAUCAAGGAGUCGCCAGAGAGCGACAUUAUAGUUCGGAGUAUUGUGUGCUGCAAGGAUGGCCAGGUGUUGAAGAUGCCUCCGCCUCCCCAGCCUAGCCCAGCUGUGCCGAAGAAGGCUGAAACACUUCAAAGUCCUGGACAGGGCGGUGUUAGCCAAGUGAACGCUGUUGGUGGCGGCGUUCUGGCUUCAUCGCAGUUCCUGUUACUGAUCUCCGCUGGUAUCCUUGUUAUCAUAGCCAUAUGGGCGCCUAGGACCUUCAUAGACCUUCUCAUGGUCUUUGUGCUCGCGGGAUUCGUCGGGUACAUGCUAGUAUGGAAUGUGCAGCCGGCUCUCCACACGCCUCUGAUGUCGGUCUCCAACGCCAUCUCGGGGCAGGUUGUGCUUGGUGGCAUCUUCAUGGUAUCUUCCGAGGAAGUCGCCACGCAAGUCUUCGCAGUAGCUGCUAUUGCUAUUGCCGCAAUUAACAUCGGAGGAGGUUUCAUGGUAACUCACAGAAUGUUGGCCAUGUUCAAGCGAGAUGCCUCGUGAUUAUGAUUGUAUUUCAUGACCUCCACCGAGUUUCCGUCAAUAUAUCAAUCUGCUACGAUUCUCUCUUGAAAUUGUUCGCAGCAGUUCUAUUGCUCGAUUCGAGAUUCUCAUUUAUAUUUGAACGGAGGCGCAUCGCCUCAGUUCGACAUUGAUUUCCAUUACUGAAUGAUUCUAGUUUCAUCAUUCCCCCUGUGCGGAGGAAUUACACUUUGUGACUCUAACACAAGUAGCUAAUUAAGCAACAUUUUUAGGGCUACUGCAUAUUGCUAACGUGACCGAUUUGUCCGCAGCGGUAG